GCGGGCAGAGCCGAGCUCGCUGCUUUCCCCCUCCGCGGGAGCGGUUCCGGGUCGCGGGGGCGGGAUUCGCAGUGGUACCGGCGAUAUGCGGUUCCGGUUCUGCGGGGACUUGGACUGCCCGGACUGGGUCCUGGCCGAGAUCAGCACCCUGGCCAAAAUCUCCUCGGUGAAGCUGAAGCUGAUCUGUGCUCAAGUGCUGCGGGACCUGCUGGGCGGGAGCAUGGAGUAUGAGAAGAUCCUGAAGCUGACCUCAGAUGCCAAGUUAGAGUCAGGGGACGUGAAGGCCACCAUCGCCGUCCUCGGCUUCAUCCUCUCCAGUGCUGCCAAGCACGGUGUGGACAGUGAGUCCCUCUCCAGUGAGCUGCAGCAGCUGGGGCUGCCCAAAGAACACGCCAGCGGGCUGUGCCGGUCCUAUGAGGAGAAGCAGAGCUCCCUCCAGGACAGCCUGAGGGCUGCCAGCCUGAGACUGAGCCGGCUGGGCUCGGUGCGCUGGCGCGUGGAUUACACCCUCAGCUCCAGCGAGCUGCAGGAGGUCCAUGAGCCCCUCGUGCACUUGACGUUCACCGUGCAGGACGGGCAUCGCGGGAGCACAGCGGCUGUGCCCAUGACCGUGUCAGCCGACAAGUUCCGGGUGCUGCUGGCAGAGCUGAAGCAGGCGCAGGCGCUGAUGAACACGCUGAGCUGAGCCGGCCGGGAGGUCCCGGUGCGCUCGGAGCCGGCUCCAAUAAAGGUGUCGGUGGCAGA